GGAAUUGAGAGCAGUCCAACAUGAAGACCUCGAAUAACAAUACUUGGGUUCAUGUUUACGAGAAACCAAAAAGGAAUAUUCCUUGGUCUUGCAUCAAAUGGGCAGCAGAACAGUGAGUGCCAAGAGUCUCGAAGCAAAAUAUUUGCAUAGUCCCAAAUCCCCAGAAUUAAAUAUGAGGACAACCUUCUAACUUAUACUAAUGGAUAUGCCAUAAAAAAUAAAUGGGAUUUAAUAGUUCAAUAAUUGCAAAAAGAAUUUCUCACUGACUUUUCCACUUCUUUGACUUUAAUCAUUUUCAUGGUUAUUCCUGAUAUGAACACAAAUGCCAAUUUAUUUUUACUGAUCAUCUUAGCAUAACAUAACAGUAAAUGAGACCUCCGCAAUGAGUGAUUAGAUACCCUAUUUCUUAAAGAGAAUUGUUUG